UAUAUAUUUUAUUCGAAAUGUGCGGCUUGCCAGGCAAUUAGUGGAUGAAUUUGAGGGCGCUUAUGGUUUUUGAAGCCAACAAGUGCAAAUGGCGAUGGAGAAUCAUCAAAGUGCAAUGAAAUAUUCGAAAUAUUUGCGGCACCGGCCUCUACACACUCGUGUUCCAUGAUAGAUGCCUCAGAGCAGAGAACUAUCUCCCUUAAAUAUUUGGCAGCACAGAAAAAGUCGCCCAAAGUGAGACAUCGCUUCUUCUGCGCAAAAUGCAAUGGAUUGGAUUGAUAUUUCUUCGAUCCGCAGAAGUCUCACUUUAAGACUUCUGUGGGCAUGUGUAUGCCGGCAUUUUUCGUUCACCAAUACACAAAAAGAUUAACCAGUGCUGCCAAUAGUUCAUCCACUGAUACACACACGCACACACAGCACUCAAGCCUCCACGACCUCUGACUGGGCAGCACUGUCGUGGUAGGCGUCUGUGUCGGGCAGUAAUUCCGAGAAACUUCAGCGUGUAUUAGUAGACCACUCCGCAUAAAUAAAAUAAAUUUCCCAUAAAUCAAUUUUUUUUGUGCAACCGAUCGCCAUAAACAAACGAAAAGACGACUGGGAGCCGAUUACUUCCAUUUCGCUCGAAGCAGUGAAGGUUCUCGUUCAGCGGUGUUUCUUUCCAAUAAACAUUUUCAUUUCUUUCUCGCACAAAAAGAUGUCGGAGAAUAGCUUCAACUCAAAGUAUUUGGACGAUGACGAUGAGGACGAUGCGAUUGCUGCCUCUGAGGGCAAAGUUUCGAGCCAGGUGGCCAAGCGCAUCUGGCAGCCAACCAUCGAUGAUACUACCCCUGGGGUCUGGGAGCCGCCCGAGAAGCCCCUGCCCCACGUGGAGGAGGAUGCUCCGAUGAGUGCCGAGGCCCUGGCGGAGGCUCUAGCGGUGAGCGAGACCGCCUCGGACUUUAUACACGAAGUGGAGCGCUCUCUCUACGGCGACAACAGCAAGGAGAACGGCUCCGCCCAGUACUUCAAGGCGGCCGAGAAUUAUUCGCUGUUUGGCGCCAACUACAUGGGCUUGGAGGAGGACAAGAACAAAAAACCGCCGCCGGGCUUCGACCAAAGCUCCAGUCAGAUUGCGGCUGGAUCGGCCGGAGUAUCCGGCCAAAGCUACUCGGGGGGACCCUCUUCAUCCGGAAUGGGCGGCAUGGCAAUGUCCCAGCAGCCGCAGCACAAGGCCGCGAAUCAGCCAGGACCUGCAGCGCUGCUUCCACAGCAGCAGCAGCAUCCGCGUCAUCCUUCGCCAGCGACAGUGCCCAGGGUCAUAGCCGAGGCAGCAGCUCUGGCUGGAGCUGGGGCUGGCAUCGACAUUGGCCUGCACGCCCAUGGACAUCUGCCCAGUGCCACGGAAAUGACCAUCGGACACAUUUACCAGGAGCUCAUGGGCAUGAAUUUCAAUCAGGCCAAUAUACAGCAGCAGCAGCAGCAACACCACCACCAGCAGCAGCAGCAGCACCACCAGCAGCAGCAGCAGCAGCACCACCACCAGCAGCAGCAGCAGGCGGCUCUGAAGCAGCAGCAGCAGGCGGCUCUGAAGCAGCAGGCGACUCUCCUCUCCUACGGCCAAAAGGCCGUAACAGCAACUGGCAUAGUCCCUGACCCACGCGACGUAUGUUCUCAAAGCGGUGUUUCUUGCGUAUCGUGCCCGUUUGCGUCGCCAGGUCCACUUCUGGGACAACUAGAGUACGGCCAGGACAUUACACUCCACACCCACAGAUUAGAUGACUAGUUUUAAAAUAUUUUGUUUGUUUGUUUUGUCGAGUUUGUUGUCGUCUCCUCUGGGCUGAUGACCGACAGCAUAGCAAGGCGUACUCUUAAACAGU